GACAUUUACACAGAUCCAUCAGUGCCCAUCAGUGCUGCUUAUCAGUGCCGCCUAUCAGUGCCCAUUAGUGCUGGCUAUCAGUGCCCAUCAGUGCUGCAUAUCAGUGUAGCCUCAUCAGUGCCCAUCAAUGCUGUCUAUCAGUGCCCUUCAGUGCUGCAUGUCAGUGCAGCCUCAUCAGUGCCCAUUAGUCCCGCCUCAUCAGUGCCCAUCAAUGCUGCCUCAUCAGUGCCCAUUACAGUGCCACCUGUCAGUGUCCAUCACUACCAGCUGUCAGUGCUCAUCCAUGCCACCUGCCAGUGCCCAUCAGUGCCACAUCAAUGCCACAUUUCAGUGCCUACCAGGCAACAUCAAUGCCACAUAUCAGUGCCCAUCUGAGCUGCCUUUCAGUGUCACCCAUCAGUG